AAGGAAAGAAUUGUAUUAAGCAAUAAUCACCAACCACCAUCAUAAUCAAUGGCCCUAUGUCUUCGCCUUCACACACUCCCAUACUUCUUUUCUUCCUCUCUCUCUCCCCCCUCACAAACUCAUGAAGGAUCCCUAACCAUAUAUCAUAUGCAGAACACACAACACACAUAGCAGAACAUCUCAUUUUCUUUUACAGGUAAAGGCUAAGGGGAAUUGUUUGCAAUGUCAACUAUUACCAAUUCAACAAAUAUAUUUUGGCAAGAAUGUCAAAUAGGCAAGCCUGACAGACAGAAGCUACUUAACCAAAAGGGAUGUGUUGUGUGGAUUACAGGACUCAGUGGAUCAGGAAAAAGCACAUUGGCAUGUUCACUAGGAAGAGAACUGCACACAAGGGGGAAGUUAUCAUAUGUCCUUGAUGGAGAUAACCUUCGACAUGGACUAAACAAGGACCUUGGUUUUAAACCUGAAGACCGCACUGAAAAUAUUCGCAGAACUGAAGUGGCAAAGCUCUUUGCUGAUGCUGGUCUAAUAUGUGUUGCCAGUUUGAUAUCUCCUUAUAGAAGAGACCGGGAUGCUUGCCGUGCCAUGUUGCCCGAUGCCAACUUUAUUGAGGUUUUCAUGAACAUGCCUUUACAGUUGUGUGAGGCACGAGACCCAAAAGGCCUCUAUAAGCUUGCUCGUUCAGGAAAGAUCAAAGGUUUUACCGGCAUCGAUGAUCCUUAUGAACCGCCCCUAAAUUGUGAGAUAGAAAUUAAGCAGGAAAAUGGAGUUUGUCCAACGCCCACUGCAAUGGCUGGACAAGUAGUUUCUUACUUGGAGAACAAAGGAUUUCUAAGAAGUUAGGGAUAUAAGCAACACAGUUAUGUCUAUUUGUUGAUCAAAUCUGUAAUAUGAAUUUUGCUUAAUUAGAUUGUAUCUACUUUUAAUUCUAACUUAAGUUAAAAUACUAGAAGGUAGGGGUUGGGAAUUGGGGACAUUGACAAGAGGAUCAGUGAUGAUGUAAAUUUCAUCAACUAUAUGUAAUUUUUUUAUUGGAUAAAAGAUAAAUUUGUGAUUCACGUA